AUGGUGCAGAGCAAUUCGACGACGUCGCCUUCGUCGUCGUCGUCGUCGGUCGUGUCAGUGAUCUCAGCGGGAGUACUUGAGCGAUCAGAUCUGGGUCGAACAGCAGGGAACAUCUCAGGGUGGACCAUUAUAUUCCUCUCCUGUAUCUACUUCAUCGCCGGUGUGAUCUGCUCCCUUCGCUACUACAAGCAUGCGAGGAGGAAGCGCAACGAGUGGCUCAAGGUCGUCUCCAUGGAGGGACUUCGUGCGCAGUCGAUGCUGGAACUGCAGGCAGCCAAGGCGAACGUGGGGAUCCUUGUGGUUACAAUAGUUAUUACGCUCCUGUACACCCUUAUCGGAGCCCUUGUGGGGUUUGCCGUGGGGAUUACGAUCGGGGUAUUGAUAGGGCAGAUCUUCUUAGUGGUCCGCCUUCCCUUGACAGAGGAGUAUGAGAUGUUGACAGGGGCGCUUAUCACGAUCAUGCUCCUGUUCUUCUCACUCGCUCCUUCCUCCAUCAAUCUCUACUUCCUGUGA